UAUAUAUAUGACGGAGUUGGCUGGUUCCGUGGGGUUUUUAAAAUGAUGACGUCUGCGUCGCUGACGCCAUUCUCUUCAUCAUUAUGAUUGCCUUCCAUAGUGACAGUAAUUAAGAAUCACUUUUCCAAUGAAAUCCGUUUAUUGCAUUUCAAGUGUACAGCGAUUUCAAUAGAGAGCUCCGCUCCGUUCGACUGCUCGAGCCGGAAUAUUUUGUGCAACAAUAGUCACUCUAUAUGUAGCAAACCGACCGGUACGUCACUCUCGCGGCCGUAUGCCCGCUCGCUAUACAUAGUUAGCAUCUAUGUCGAUCUUUUUAACAGUGUAUAAUCUAUGUUCCGGGCGCUUCCGUUUUGAGUGCGAAUAGCGUGCGCCCGCGUCUAAAUGUAAUUAUUGUUUAAAAUUGAAAAUUGUUUGUGAUAAAGGAAGAUUAAAAUUCGAAAUUCGAUAUUGGUGACUAACCCAUAGUUUUAAAUACCCCUGAGAUCUACCCCUCACUAUAUCUGGCUGCCCAACGUUUCCUAAUUUUUUUCUUGCUUGGACUAACAAAAUGGCGCGCACGCUUUUGUGAAAAUUUUGCUAACUAUUGUAUGCUGUUGGUGCUUAAUUGUAAAGAAUGCCUUUAACUAGAAAUCAAGAUCGCCAGCAACGUCGCGAAGACGACGUUAUUCCUGCUGCAGAUGCAAAUGCCAACGAAAAUCACGAGGAGCAUGAUAGCCCCCAUGAUCGCCCCCACGCCGAAUCACGUAGCAACAAUUCUACGUUCAACUUGGAUGAUGUUUCAGCGUUGAUGGCCUCGCUGCAACGUUCGCAGGCCGAAACACUUAAGAACAUUAUGUCGUACGUGAUGGAACAAAGAUCGUCGACUCCGGCACCUCCGCCGAUGCCCCCAGUGAACGUAGAUGGUACCUUGGCGCGUUGCAGAGCUUCUUUCAGCGGUGCACCUGGUGAAUCUGUUGAGGCCUUUAUAGAUGCAAUUGAAAGCUAUACAGAAUGCGUUCAAGUAUCUGACGCUAACAUCAUACGAGGCCUAGCCAUGCUUUUGUCUGCUGAUGCAGCUACGUGGUGGCUAGGAUUAAAGCAUCACAUCUCCACUUGGAACGAAGCCAAAGAAAAUUUAAUAUAUGCAUAUGGCACCCGCCUUCCACCACAUAGAAUAUAUUUGGAAAUAUUUGCUUCCCCGCAGGAUAAAGAAAACACAGACAAGUUUGUUGCUCGUAUUCGAGCGCUUAUGGCAAAGCUACCGCGGGAUGAUAUUACUGAAAAAGUACAACUUGAUAUGAUAUACGGGUUGCUUCAUAAUAGAAUACGCACAAGAUUGCGCCGUGAAGAAAUCACAUCUUUCAAUUCAUUAUUAAACCAUGCUCGGAAUAUAGAAGAUUCGAUAGAGGAGACUCAAUCGAGACCAGUGUCGUCCACUAGUGGUGUGCGUUCGAUCCGUGCCCAGCCGGCCCAGGCUGCGAGUCGGCCUGAACCGUGCGCCGCUCGUGUGAGUGCCCCGGCGCCGCGCGCGCGCUUUCCAAACUCCGCCGCGGCCGUCGUGCCCGCCACCGCUGUGCCUGUCGCUGUCGCCCAGCCUGCCGCUGCCACGCCUGCCGCUGCUGUGCCAGGUUCUGCAGAGCAAUUCGUAACCACGAAGAAACAGCGUCCAGUGUGCUCCUACUGCAAACGGUUUGGACAUGCACGGGAACAGUGCCGUAAGUUAAACAACCGAGGUGAGCAAAGUCAAUCUAACUUUUCCGAGGGUGUGCAAAAUGACAAUAAUGCGUUUUAUAGUGUUCAGUGUAAUGUUAAUAAUACUAACACAAUUAGUUCUAAUUUACCUGUUCAGAAUGCAAUGUAUGAUGUUAAGCAGCAUGACAAAAAUAAUUUUCUGAGCAAUUUUGAAUGUCAAAAUUUUUGUAACCGGGAUGCAAAUAUUAAUUAUGCUACCAUUAACAGAGGCCCUACUUCCAGAAAAUCUUAUUUUCAUGCCUGUAAUGAUUCUGUGUCAAAGAAUAUUAACUGUAAUUGCACUAGUAAUAAUGAGAUGCCAACCUUUUGUGAUUCUCAUGUUUUAUAUAAUCAGGAUGUUCGGACAAAGUGUAAAAAUUUAAAUAUUUGUUAUAACCAGGGAACUAGACCUAAAUGUAAGAACUCAAUUUUACCUUAUAAUCAAAUAAUUGAACCAAAUUGUAAUAAUUUAAAAUUUUCAACUAACCAUGACUGUGACACAAAAGGCAGUAAGUGUAAUUUUGGAAAAAUUAACGAAUGUGUGGAAAUUGAUAGAUGUUUGAAUUUUAAUUAUUGUACAUGUGAGGGAAGUGUUGUAGCGUCCGUGUACGACCGUGAGAGUGAUGAUAGGUAUUUGCAUUUACGGCCUAUUUUCAAAAUUCAAGUUCUCGGUAAACAGGGUACUGCACUUAUAGAUACAGCAGCUAAGCAUUGUAUUGCUGGUCACACGCUGUAUGCUCUCCUUCUGCAUAAGGGUCACCCUCUUACUCCCUCCACUAGGCGAGUCAAACUUGCUGAUGGGCAUGUUCGGAAUAUGGAUGUAUUGACAACCAUAUUACCAGUGAGGUUAGAACACAUAGUGAUUAAUAUUCCAUUUAUAAUCUUCCCUGAUUCUAAUGAUAAUGAAACUUUACUGGGUAUUGAUUUUAUUAAUGCUGCCAAAGUUAUUAUUGAUUUUCAUCGUCAUGAAUGGUAUUUUAGUACUGAUGCUAAGGUGCAUUAUAAAUUACUUUUUGAACCUAUGUCUCGUGGUGUGUGCAUAGCCUCUACUAACAUGCUUCGGGAUGAUGAAGGCAUGCACUUGCAAUCAGCUGAGCGCCAAGCAUUAUCUGAGUUCCUUAUUCGGCAUGAAAGUAUUUUUACAGCAGGGGGAGGUCCGACACCAUUCAUAGAACAUUGCAUAGACACCGGAGAUCACCCCCCGAUAGCUGUGCCGCCCUAUCGCCUUAACCCUUCCAAGAAGGAGACGAUGAAGAAUGAAAUAGAGAAGAUGCUGGCAGAUGACAUCAUUGAAGAGUGCGAAUCCGCCUGGUGCUCUCCUGCAUUGAUGAUACCGAAGUCCAAUGGUAAUGUAAGAUUCUGCGUGGAUUACAGGCGCUUAAAUGAAGUAACCAAAUCGGAUACUUACCCACUCCCACGCAUUGAUGAUCUUCUCCAGAGUACGAAGAAGAAUUGUUACAUGACCACAAUAGACCUUCGUUCUUCAUAUUGGCAAGUUAUGGUCCGAGAAGCAGACAGAGACAAAACAGCUUUUGUCUGCCCCCUAGGCACUUACCGUUUUAAAAGAAUGCCGUUCGGCUUGAAGAAUGCGCCGGCGACUUUCCAAAGGCUUAUUGAUCGUCUACGCUCCUGUGCUGCUUUGAAGGAUGUUACAGUACUUGCUUAUCUAGACGAUUUGUUAAUUAUUUCAGAAGGAUUCCAGCAACACCUACAAGACCUGGAAGCUGUUUUUAGACGUCUGUCUGAAUUUAAACUUCACGUAAACAGAGAGAAGUGCACUUUUGCCAAAGAAAGGGUCCGUUAUCUGGGCCACGUCAUCACUCCAGACGGUGUGUCUCCUGACCCUGAGAAGGUCAGUGCUGUCCUUAAUAUGCUGGAACCAUCUAACCUAAAACAUUUAAGAACUUUUCUCCAAACAUGCUCUUGGUUCAGGAAGUUUAUUCCAAACUUUUCAAAGAUAGCAGAACCGCUUACUCGACUGACCAAGAAGAAUUACACAUGGAGCUGGGGACCUGAACAAACACAGGCAUUCAAAGAAUUGAAGCGUCUGCUGACCACGGCGCCCGUACUUGUUCAAGCGAAUUUUAAACAACCCUUAGUACUGCGUACCGAUGCGAGCAACUAUGCACUUGGCGCAGUUUUAGCUCAAGGGGAAGGCAAGGACGAAAGACCUAUCGAGUAUGCUAGCCGCCUACUCACCGCAGCGGAGCGCAACUACUCUACUACAGAACGGGAAGCGCUUGCUGUAGUCUGGGCCGUGGAGCGUUUCAGGCCAUACCUCGACGGCCAACCAAUUAUUAUAGGCAGUGACCACCAACCCUUGCGUUGGUUGCUUUCUUUAAAGUCUCCUGCUGGUAGGUUGGUCCGUUGGGCGCUUAAACUCCAAGAAUUUGACAUCAGAUUCGAGUACACCCCAGGAAAAGCUAACGUUGUCGCUGACACGUUAAGUAGACCGAUCUGUUCCAACGAAACACAAAAUAACUGCGGCAUCUGUUCUGUCAUUUGCGACCUGCCCACCAAGUCACCUACCCAGUUACGUCAAGACCAGUUGACUGAUCCGGAAAUACAGAAGAUCGUCACAGAACUGGAAGGAGUGGAUGAACUUGCUGCUAAAAGAUGGUCAGAAAGAGGAUUUCUAAUGGAACAAGGUGUUUUAUAUCGACUUAAUCCGGAUUCUGAUGCCGAGGCUCCACAAUUAGUCAUUCCUGCCCAUCAAGUGACCGACGUUCUCAAAGAGCUUCACGAUGCCCCUACCGCUGGACAUGCAGGAAUUGACCGGACUUACCAACAAGUCUCACGUCUGUUCUACUUCACAGGAAUGAGAAGAAUCAUAACCGACUAUGUAAAGGCAUGUAUCCAUUGUCAACGCUAUAAGGCUGCUAAUACCAAGCCUCCAGGUCUAUUGCAGACGCCGGUGAUGAACCAGCGCGACGAGGUCUUGGCAGUUGAUCUUUUCGGCCCGUUGCCACCUGGAAAACAGGGGGAGCGUUGGAUCUUGCUAAUAGAAGAUACUGCUACGAGGUGGACAGAACUUUUCCCAUUGAAGGAAGCUACUGCUGAGGCGUGUGCACAUGUCCUCAUAGAGGAGUAUUUUAUGAGAUUUGGUCUUCCACGCCGACUAGUUUCUGAUAAUGGCGUACAAUUUAUUUCGGCAGUCAUGCGUCAAUGCAUGUCCAUCCUGGGGAUAAAGCAAAACCUUAUCCCUCUCUAUCACCCAGAAGCAAACCCCGCCGAACGUAAAAACAGAGAUCUUAAGACUUUAUUAGCACAACUCGUGGAAUGUGACCACACUUCCUGGCCAAACAUGUUACCAGUGAUUCGGUUCGCUCUUAAUAACGCUAAAUGUCGCACCACAGGUAUGUCACCUGCUUACUUGUCAUUUGGCAGAGAGAUGAGGUCCCCCACAGAAGUCGCCCAUGACCUUCGUGUUGUUCUAGACAAAGAUAACUUUGUUCCCCAAAUAACUCCCUAUCUCAGGAAAUUUGUUAACUCCUUUUCAGCGGUGCGCGAACGUGUAGAGACGCUUCAAGAUAAAGCUAAAGGGUAUGCUGAUCGUUCGAGACGGCCCAUUGAAACAUUCAACGAAGGUGACAUGGUUCUCAUCAAAUCACACGUCCUCAGUAAGAGCGCUAAGGGUCUUACUUCUAAGUUUGUUCCAAAACGCGAUGGUCCGUAUCGCAUCGUUAAAAAGGUCAGCCCUACUACUUACCACGUCGCGCAUGUUGACAAACCUGAUGAAGUUUUAGGGAAAUAUCAUGUGAACGAUCUCACUCUAUACCGUGAGAAUCAGAGUGAUGCUCUUCCGCGGCCGGUGAUGCCUAAAAAGAAACGUGGUCGUCCCCCAAAUAAUGUUAAAACAGAUUCUCGAGUUCCAGGGCAUAUGACGACACGGCAUGCUGAACCAUGUGCUGAAGCUCCACGUCUUUCUCCCGCAGCUGGUGGUAUGGUUGGUCUUGCGCCUGUCCCUCAGCCCAGUAGUAAUGAGAUGCUAGUCCAGGAGCGAGGGCGUCCUCCAGGACUAGAGGGGGAGUAUGUAGCAAACCGACCGGUACGUCACUCUCGCGGCCGUAUGCCCGCUCGCUAUACAUAGUUAGCAUCUAUGUCGAUCUUUUUAACAGUGUAUAAUCUAUGUUCCGGGCGCUUCCGUUUUGAGUGCGAAUAGCGUGCGCCCGCGUCUAAAUGUAAUUAUUGUUUAAAAUUGAAAAUUGUUUGUGAUAAAGGAAGAUUAAAAUUCGAAAUUCGAUAUUGGUGACUAACCCAUAGUUUUAAAUACCCCUGAGAUCUACCCCUCACUAUAUAUAUAUUUUAUUAAAAGAUGUCUUUUAUUGACAUAAAAACGAAAAUAUAAUAGUAAAUAAAGAAAAAAAAAUUCUUUACAACAUAAUUGUGCUUUUUCUUUUUUGUUAACUUAAAAAAAUUAUUAUUAACAAAAUAUUAACAAUUUCAUAACUUAGACGACGCAAUCUUGUUUAAUAUAUUUAUAAGAAGAGGUCCACGAAGCGAAAUAAUUUUAAGGUAAUUAUUUAAACAUUUUUUUUAGUUUAGAAGGAUGAUGGAAAUUGGAAAUUUUUUUCUUAAUUAACAAUCGUCUAGAAUAUUGAAAAAUAUGUUUUUAUAAAAAAUUCCAAAGGGAAUAAAUUUUUCAAAGUGUUUAGAUUAUGCAAUAAUUUUUUUAGAUUUUUCAAUUAACUUUAAGUACUUGAAAAAAAUUUUUUUAAGUGGCGUACUCGCUUUCGAGGCCGUGCGCUCAACCUAACAAUGGCGCGCGGCGGGCUAUUUUCAGCGUUAAAUUAAAAUUAUAAAUAAUGGAGCUACAGUUCCGGGAGAUGGAACUUUUUUUUACUAAAUUUCCUCCUCUUUAAGGAUCUUUUUUUCAAAUUUCGAAAAUAUUUAUAGUUUACGGACAAUAAGCCAUAAACGAAACGCUAUUUUUUGAAGGUGUUUAAUUGUUAAUAACUUUUGGAAUUUCUUAUGUGCUAAUUCAAUUUUUUAGCACAAUGGUCUAGACAUUAUUCCGAAUCGAAUGAGCUAAACCACAUAAUUUUAGCAGUAGUAUGUCGAAUUAACACCAUUUUUAACUUGUCGACUAGACUAUAUGAGUUUAAGGACUAUUUUGUAUUGCACUUUUUACAUGUCAAAGAUGCUAGUGGGAAUUUUUAAAUACAUUACUUUUUAAUGUUAUGUUUUGAACCUUCAUUUCUUGAUUCAACUAAAAAGGCAAAAUAGUGCAUUUUUACAUUUAUUGGAAUAAAAUCGGGGAGGUUUAUUUUCAUUAUUUUAAUUUUAUUUCCUGUUCCCUCCGAAUUAGUUGGUUUUAAAACCAUGAUUUGAAAAACGGAAGUAGGUAUAAUAGCCGGCAAACUUCUUGAGCAUUUGUUGACGUAGUGGGGGUAAGUUUGCGAAUGGUACACUCACGUGCAAAAACAUUAUUUACUCUGCGUCAUAAUGCAAUUAAAUUAUUAAAAUCAACAUAUGUAUUUUUUUAUAUAUUUAUUAGAACAUCAACAGAAAAUAUAGGUUAAUAAUUGUAAUAAUUUAAUCUUGGGGUAAAAUAGAUAUUCCUCCUAUUAAGUCAAAACUAGAGCUGUUGCCAGGUCUUGGUUCAGUUGAAGCGAAGCUGGUAUUUGUAAUUUUUUUUUCGUUAUCAUAGUCUUGACCAUCAUCAUCAUCACUGUUUUCAUCACCCGAGUCGCCAUCAUCGUGAUGAGUCGACAUAGGGCUCAUCGGUGUAGUUUACAACUCGGUCGGUUCGAUCUUCUUUUUUGUCUAUAAUUAAUUAUUUUUUGAAGAUAUUCGAUUCGUAGUAAUCGAAUGUUACUUUUUUCAAUUACCAGCUUCCGAUUAUUUUCUGUUUUUUUUCCAUCUGAAGCCUAGCUCUUUCAUAAUUCGUCGUGAACUUCAUUCCCAGCCAUUAAAAUGUAUAUCUUCUUUAAAUUUUUCGAAGCCUUUCUACGGUACGGAGUUUCGCUGCUUGUUAUGUAGUUAUUAUGAUUACAUAUUUUUAUUACAGAUUGAACGAAACUAUCCAUUCCAACUUUCUUCUUCCCUGAUCUUUUCUUACCCGGAGUCCCAAACACGGCGAGCAAGCCAGAGUCUUUAGCUUCGUUAAUAAUGCACCUAUCAGUACUCACUGAUGUUUUUGUUGCUUCCGAAGUCUGUUUUACUUUUUCCAUAUCAUUCUUCCCCUGUUUUAUAAUGAAGCAAUAUACGUCGUACACAAUUUUUUUAUCCUUUCUUUUGAAUACUACACCAGUUUGUCGCGGCAUAGUGUAUUUUUUAUAAAAAAUCAACAAACACUCAACAAAUAGCAAUGGCAACAAAGUCAACAAGCAAUUAUAACAAAUAACUUAACGAUUAAUAACGAUAGACUUUUCACUGUACGCAAGCGUACUUUUGGGAGCAAGCGGAACGAGGGCGCGGUGCGGGACGCAAGGUUCGACUGAUCUACCAAUAACGCGCUCGAUACGAUUUCCCCUGCCGUCGCGCCUCACCCUCACCACCAAAGUGAUCUAAAAUUCGGUUCUGCGCAGUCAAGGUCAUUUGCUCAAGAUGUUUGCCGGUUACUAUAGUUGACAUUGUUUACUAAUUUCAUAAAUUAAAAUAUUUUUACACAAAACGUAAUACCUACGGCCAGAACUAAAUUAAGUGUUUUUACGUAAUAAAUUAUGAUGCCAAUAUAUUUUUGUGGUGGUAUUUAAUUAUCUAUUAAGAACUUCUCAAAAUAUAAAUAAAAGUUUGAUUUUUGAACGUUUCUGAGCGACGUACCAGUCUUUCGGUAGAAAAAGUAAAAAAGCUGAUGUUUUUAUGCACCAAUAAGAAAUAAAUAAUAUUACUAACUUGUUGUUUAUAUUAAUGUACAAUGUUGACCAAAUUCUGAUUUAAUAAUAAUGUUCAUUUUAAUGUACAUAAUAUUACUUGUAAAAUAUUUGGUAUGAAGUCAAAUUCCUAGAUACAAUAUACUAUUUAUAUUAUUAACAACUAA